AUGCCGCGGAGCCCCAUGUCUAGCGAGGAGGAAAUGGCUCAGAGUUUCUCGGACUCAGUCAGUUCGGAAUCAGACAGCUCCAGAGAUGAGCCUCCAAGGCUGGAUCGACCUACCAGUGCCCGACUGGACAACAGCCUGCGAGACACAAUGCUCAUAUGUGUGGUCAUCCCUGACCUGCAGCAGACUAAAUCCAUGAGGUUCAGUCCUGAUGCCACAGUAUGGGUUGCUAAGCAGCAGAUCCUGUGUACUCUCACACAGAGUCUGAGGGAUGUGCUCAACUACGGGCUCUUCCAGCCAGCUGUGGACGGGAGGGAGAGUGGUUUCCUGGAGGAAGAACGACCCCUGAGAGACUAUCCGCUAUCCACCAAUAAAGGCGUUCCAACCCUUGAGUUCCGUUACAAGAGCAGAGUGUACCAGCAGCCAAACGUCAACGAAAAGCAAAUAGAAAAACUCCACACACAGGUCAACCUGAGGAAAUUUAUGGAUUAUAUCCAGCAUCAUCAAGUGGACAAAGUCUCCAAGAUGUUGGAGAGAGGGUUGGACCCCAACUAUCAUGACCCUGAAACUGGUGAGACACCACUAACCCUUGCUGCCCACCUGGACAAUAUGGUGGAGAUUAUAGUGACAUUGAAAAAUGGCGGGGCUCAUUUAGAUUUCCGCUCUCGGGAUGGGAUGACUGCCCUGCACAAAGCAGCCAGGGCAAAGAACCAAAUAGCUCUUAAGACUAUGUUGGAUUUGGAAGCGUCUCCAGACUAUAAGGACCGGCAGGGCUUGACUCCACUCUACCAUACAGUGACUGUAGGGGGAGACCCGAGCUGCUGCGAGGUCCUACUGCGUGCCCAUGCCAGCGUCGGAUGCCAUGAUGAGAACGGCUGGCAUGAGAUCCACCAGGCUUGUCGAUACGGCCACAUCCAGCACCUGGAGCAUCUCUUGUUCUACGGAGCCGACAUGCAUGUGGAAAAUGCAUCUGGGAAUACGGCUCUCCAUAUCUGCGCUCUGUACAAACAGAAUUAG